AUGUCCACUCAACUAACCGAGUUGCCGCCGUCGUCUUCGCCUUUCGCAGCCUCCAGCGACGUCCGAUCGAUCCACCGAACACUACAUCUACUUUACCACCGUAACAAGAACCAGCAUCGGUGCACGAAAUGGUGGAAAUGGCUAAGCAUGCUGAAGCGAUGGACGCUGGAACUCGCGUGUGAAAUCGAAAAGAUCGAGAAAUUCGAGGAUGUCCUGAGUGGAGAUGGCACUGGAGAUGAGCACCCUUUUGCUGCGGUGUGGAAGAUAAUGAGGUAUCUCCAUGACGAGCUUGUUCCAAGAUGUUAUAGAGCAUUUUCUACUGUGGUUGCAGACAUUCAGUUUUCUUCCCUGGGCAUUGUCCUGGUAGCUACCCUUGCUGAAGUAUUCAAAAUAGUGCAAGUAAAUACAGGUGAACUAUCAGCACUUGCCCGGGUACUCGACGAUGAGAGAGGUUUGGCAAUUACAUCUAAGUCGAGCAGUAGCUUAGCUGCUAGUGAGGACUUUGGUGAAGUGGUUCGACGCUCUGAAGUUGUGUCUCAAAUCGACAAGAAGGCUAGACCAACUGUCUCAAUGGCUGGCGAUUAUGGGAAGAAGAAGAAAAGAUCUGCCGUUGAUAAGGGCGCGAAACGGAAAAUUGACAGUGAUACAGUCAUGGCUACCGCUCUGGACAAGCCUGAGAGCUCGAGAAAAGAGAAGAAGGAGAAGAAAAAGAAACGGAAAGCCAAUGCAAUCGAUGAUAUUUUUGCUGGCUUGUAA